GAUCAGUUUCGCGACAACCGUUACGCUGAACGGACGGGUUUUUGGAACGGAUCCUCCGGAAGUGGGCAUCUCGCGUUGACUCUCGACUACUGGAAUUACUGCAUGAACGACAGUAGAAACGCUAGAACGGCCGAGUGUGCAGGUGAAUCUUCCCGUAGAGAUCUUCUAUCGGGUUGUUCGCGAUAACGGUUAGACAAUUUAUCACAUGUGGUGCAAUGCGUCCCAUUGUCGUUGCUUCUGCUGGUGGAAAUAGGAUUUGCAAAGUUACUGACAAAUUUGAGCUUGCCAGCUUAAAUUAGAUUUACGCGCGUUACGUUUGAUUACCUUGCCGAGGAGAGUCGGUUGAAGCUGUGCAUUGCGGCUGGCUGGUUAUUAUUGCUGCUCGCUGACUUGUUCUUGAUUGACACAGAUGGAUUUGAACAAAUGGUUCACUAGCGUUUGAACCUAAGUGGUGUCCUUAGAGAGAAGAUUGCAUUUUGCUUAUUGGAAUCAAGUGGAAACAUAGACGAGUGCAAGCACACGUGCCGGUAGAGUCGUUACGGUCGUUACUGCACCGCUGGCUGCUGGUCCAUCGUUGGCCACAGAUAGAAGAAUUCAACCGUAACGGUCAGGGCUUCUGUCCACAAACCAUUGAACAGUUCGCUCUGUGUCGCGAACAGGGAUGCCAGAUAUUUUUUUGACAGGGCCAGAAUGACCAAAGAACCAAGCACGGUAUCGGAGAAAAUGAAGGAAAAGCACCUGCUGCCAGCGCAGCAGCAGCAGUCCAAAGGGCCAAAGACGACUAGCAGCGCACUAUUGGAAAAAUUUCGUUACUUCAAGAACAACAUCACAGUCGAACCCAUUGUGGCCUGCUACAUUAUGCCCAGCGUGCUGGCUGGACUUGCCACACAGAAUCUCAAUCUGGAAAAGGCUUGCCGGGUGAAUCUGGACUAUGGAGACACGGUUUGCGAUGCACUGACGCGACGAGAAACGGCUAACUAUACACACGAAGAGGAAAUGAUUCAGCAAAUGGUUGCUCGCAUGGCCGGUUGGAAAACCGUUCUGCAGAGCGCUUUGCCCUGUUUGCUGAUUUUGUUCUGGGGUUCGUGGAGUGACCGGCACGGUCGCCGGAAACCGUGUAUUCUAAUUCCGAUAAUCGGUGAGUUUGCCACGGCGAUCGGUCUCAUUCUGUGCACCUACUUCGAACGACUUCCGAUGGAGGUUGCGGCCGUAACGGAGGCCCUCUUUCCGGCAUUAUCCGGCGGGUGGUUUACGAUGUUUAUGGGUGUAUUCAGUUACAUUGCAGAUGUUACCACCACCGAGGAGCGGACACUACGAAUCGGCAUAGUAAAUUUGUGCUUUUCGCUGGGCGUUCCCAUUGGAAUGGCAUUUAGUGGAAUUCUUCUAAAACAAAUCGGCUUCUACGGUGUGUUCUCAAUUUCGGCCAGCCUGUAUCUGGUGGCCUUCUUCUACGGUGUGUUUUUCCUCAAGGAGGUGGACAUUGUCGACGAGAAAGAACGGUUGAAAGCGAAGGAGAAGAAUAUGGUGGCGGAUUUCUUCGACAAGGAGCACGUACUGCAAACCUUCCGGGUGGCAUUCAAAAAAGGCGAGCGCCAACGCCGGUUGCGGGUAAUAAUGCUGAUGAUCGUGGUCAUGGUUGUCAUCGGACCGCUGCACGGUGAGAUGUCCGUCAUAUAUCUCUUCACGCGCUAUCGGUUCAACUGGAGCGAGGUUGAGUUCAGUUUCUUCUCCACGUACGGCAUGCUGACUGGGCUGGUCGGAACGAUCUUUUCGGUGGGUGUGUUUUCACAUCUGUUGAAAAUCGAUGACGCGCUGAUCGGUGUGAUGUCCUGUAUGUCGAAAAUUUUGUCGAGUUUUGUGUACGCUUUUGCUAUCACCACGUGGCAGUUAUAUCUCGGGCCAGUUGUAGAAAUGCUGAAUGGUACAUCGUUUAUCUCCAUGCGGUCGAUCGCUUCCAAGCUGGUAGCCAGCGAUGAAUUAGGAAAGGUGAAUUCACUUAAUUCACUUUUCGGUGUAGCUGAAGCGUUGAUGCCACUUGUAUACGCCCCGAUGUAUACUACCGUGUAUGCUGCAACAAUCAACGUACUGCCAGGGGCAUUUUUCCUGCUGGGUGGUGCUUUGACAGCACCGGCAGUGGUGAUUUUCCUAUGGAUGUACGGUGUGCAUAAACGGGAGGAAAAAACCCUGGCCGAAGAAGCGCGCAUGAAUGAUAAGUACAAACAGGUCGGUGAAGGUGCGGAAAACGGGACCACGGUUGCGAGUAUAACAAAUGGAACCGUUGUCGGUGCGAAUGAUGGCAAGCUUAGCUUUGCUGAAGAGUCAGACACGGUCAUACUUACGGGGCGACUCGGCUCAAUCAGGAGGCCAUCGUCGCUGAGGAGGCCUUCGGCCGUAAGUGUAAGCAAGGAAGGCGUCGUGAAUGCCGUGUAUUCGCUGGACGAAAACGAAAAAGUAAUUCACGAAACGAUCGAAAUAGUGAAAGAUCUACCGGUGUUGCACUUGGAACAUUGCAAACUGUGAUGCUUGCAUUUUGCUGAUUAUCCUGCAGAAAGGAUAGUGUUAUUUUCCAAUUAGAGCCAUUCAAUGUUACAUUCCUCUAAGAAAUAAAUCAUAAAAUAAUC